AUGGCUGAAUAUGCACCACUAUCGCCACGCACUUCAGGCAUCACGCGCCGGACAUCGGACGACAAUGGACCUUCGGGCCGACGCGCAUAUACUAGGAUUCUUGGCCUAGGUGUCUUGUGCCUGAUUUCCCUUUGUGGAUGGAUCUUGGCCUUUUGGGUAUCCCUUAAUCCUAACUCAAUUACUUUGAAUCUCGAGCUGCCGACCACAGAAACGACUGGUGGACUUAUCACAGAAAGCAGUAACGCCGGAUUAUCAAUCAGUGAGAUUUUGGACGGCAGUUGGAAACCGAAACCUCAUUCUCUGCAGUGGGCAGGAAUCAGUGAAGUUCUUUUGGUAGAUCGGGAGAGAGAUACAAAUAGAGUUUCCGCAUGGCAGGUCAAAGACGAUCGGGACUCGCUUGCGUGGAGCCACGACUCUAUCUCAGCCUUACUGGAAUCCGACGACUUUUGGAUUAGCCCUGGUGCACACACGGCACUGGUUGUAUCCAACAAGACCAAGGAAUGGCGCCGUUCUUUCCGGGGUCUCUACUGGCUCCUCGAUUUGAACACAUCAAAGCUCGAACCACUCGAUCCCGAGCGCCCAUCCGCACCAGUCCAGCUCGCAAGCUUUUCGCCUCAAGGCGAUGUCACAUUUGUGCGAGAUGGAAACCUCCAUCUGCGUCGCAGUAAAGGAAAGAUCAUUGAGCCGAUCACCAUGGAUACCGACCCAGCCGUGAUGUAUGGAAUCCCCGGCUGGGUUUACGAAGAGGAGGUGCUGGAGAGUAACAGCGCUCUGUGGUGGUCCGAUGACGGGAGAUACCUCGCUUUCCUACACACGGAUGAAUCAAUGGUAGAGACAUAUAUGAUGCAAAUAAACCACUCCAAACCUUAUCCCGAAGACCGUCUGGUGCGGUACCCGAAGGCUGGGAGGGCCAAUCCAAAGGUCGAUCUGCAAGUCUAUGAUCUUCACACACGCAGACUUGUGAGCCUCAAUACCACAGCCCAGCUGCCGGAUGAUCAGCGAGUGAUUUUCAGCGUGGUCUGGCUCUCGUCAUAUGAGCUGUUGAUGAAGCAGACCAAUCGCGAGAGCCAGAUGUUGAUGGUGUUUCUUAUUAAUGUACAGAUGGGUUCGUCUAGAUUGAUACGGGUCGAGGAAGGUGCGAAUAGGUGUUGGGUCGAGCCAGUCCGGGAGACGGUAAGGUUUGUGCCGGCUGAUUCACGGCGCGGGCGUCCGCAGGAUGGGUAUAUCGAUCUCGUCGAACAGGAUGGGUAUAAUCAUCUUGCCUACUUCACACCCGUGCACGACUCGACACCGGCCAUGAAUCUGACAGCGGGUAAAUGGGAGGUCGUGGAUGCUCCCUUGACCGUGGAUCUCGAGCACAACUGGGUGUAUUUUCUCGGCACUGUCGAGCACGCCCCGGACCAACGACAUCUGUAUCGCAUAAGCUUGGAUGAGCACGAAAAUGGAAGUGGCCAUGUGCAUGCUUUGACUGAUACCAGUCAGCCUGGGUAUUACAGUGCAUCAUUCGCCCCUGGGGGCCGAUAUGCUCUCCUGACGAACGAAGGCCCAGGCGUCCCCCACACGGCUCUUGUAGCAUUGAACGAAGAAGACGUAAAGAAGGUCGCUAACAUUGAACUCAACCACAACCUAGUGCGCAAGACUCAGGCCGCGGUUUCCCUCCUCCCACAGCGUCGUUUCUUCCACACUGAUCUCGGGAAUGGACUUCUGCUCCCCGUAAUGGAACUUCUCCCCCCAAAAUUCGAUUCCAACCGCCAAUACCCCGUCAUUUUCCAUGUCUACGGCGGUCCAGGCUCUCAAAAAGUCUCACAAAAAUUCAAAGUAGAUUACCAGUCGUUCCUUGCCUCCCAGAACUACGUGGUCGUGACGGUCGAUGGCCGAGGAACGGGUUUCAACGGUCGAGCCGCGCGAUGUAUCGUGCAAGAUCGCCUCGGUCACUACGAAGCCCAGGACCAGAUUUUCUUAGCCCGGCUCUGGAGAGAGAAGCCGUAUAUUGAUGCCGCACGCAUGGCGAUCUGGGGAUGGAGCUUUGGCGGAUACCUCACGCUUAAGGUUCUCGAACUUGAUGCCGGCAACACGUUUCGGGUGGGAAUAGCAGUUGCUCCUGUGACAGAUUGGAGAUUUUAUGGUCAGUUCUAUUUUUCUUUGCCUCAGAUGGUUCAACCUCAUAGCAAGCUGAUACUCUGUGGGAUCUAUAAAGACUCUCUUUUCACAGAGCGCCAUAUGCACACCCCACAGCACAAUGCGUUUGGCUAUGAAAACGCAGCUAUAACCAACAUGACGGCUUUGAGCCAUGUGCAGCGCAUUCUUCUCGCCCAUGGACUGGCAGAUGAUAAUGCGCAUGUGCAAAAUACACUGACCCUAGUGGACAAGCUGGUUGCUGCGGAGGUGGACAACUAUGAUGUCCUUUUGUUUCCGGAUUCGGAUCAUGACAUUAUGUUUCAUGGGGGAAAAAAGAUGCUCUAUCAAAGUGAGUAUUAG